AUGGAUUUUGAUCUGAUGGUUCAAAAUAUGUGCGAUUAUGAAGCUGUAGGAGUGGUUUGCCGUGACCCUUUAUUGAAUCGAGAAUUUGUAUUUACACCAUGGACAGAUGUGAGAUCGAUGCCUCAUCGCGAGGGCUUGUAUGCUAUUGCCAUCGAGUUCUUAGAAGCUGGGGGAUAUUGUCAAAAAGACAUCGAAAAGGCGAUCAAAAAGGCAAAGGCCAACCGUAGGAAGCCAAGGAAAUUUUCCGGUAUACUAUGA